AUGGACUCUACAAGGCCUACGGGAAAGCAAUCAGGUUACGAGUCUAACGCUCUACAUGUGCAAGUGUCCAGCGUUAACCACGACGAGGUCUCCAAUGCGCUGCAGUCUUUCUGGGAGUUAGAGCACCUUGGUAUUGUUGACAGUGAAGAGUCGGAGGGCAAGAAGCAUGAAGUUUUCCAGAGGUUUCAGGACACAACCAGAUUUGAAGAUGGUCGUUAUACAGUGCGCCUGCCGUGGAAUGAAGACCUCGUCUCACGACUGGGAAACAACAAGGCUGUAGCGGAGCAGCGUUUACGCAGCGCCACCCGUACUCUUUUGAGAGAUCAAGAGGUCAUGAACGAAUACGAUCAGGUGAUACGACAGUAUCUCAUUAACGGUCAUGCCGAGCGUAUUGAUGCAGCAUCACCAACACCUGUUGCUGCCCCGGAAUAUUACAUGCCAAAUCAUGCAGUUAUCAGACGCGAGAGGGAGACUACGAAGGUUAGAAUUGUAUUCGACGCCUCAUCGAGUGCUCCGGGUUUUCUAUCCCUGAACCAAGUUCUGCACGCCGGUCCAAACUUGAACUCUGACAUCCUUUCUCUGCUCUUAAGGUUUCGAAUGCAUCGCAUAGGCAUGGUGGCAGACAUCGAGAAAGCUUUCUUGCAGAUUGCACUUCACAAACAGGAUACAGACGCUCUGCGCUUCUUAUGGUACACUUCGACGCCGAUCGCAGGACAGCCUCUACCGUCUAUUGAGACAUGGCGCAUGACACGAGUGCCAUUCGGAGCACGAUCUAGUCCGUUCCUGCUGUCCGCAACCAUUCAGCAUCAUUUACAGCAAGUAGAGAAGGAUUACUUGCAGACUGCUACGCUCUUGGAGCAAUCCUUUUACGUGGACGAUUUAGUGGUCAGUGUCAGCACCUCAGGAAAUGCCAGGACACUUCAUGAGGAAACUCUGAGCAUAUUCGAAGCGGCCGGCAUGAAGAUAAAGAAGUGGGUCACUAACGAUGAGGCACUUCUACGAGAGAUGUUUAAAAAGGGGAACUCUACAACGGAGACUACACAGAAUCAGACUAAGAAGGUUUUGGGGGUCAUAUGGGAUCUUCAACAUGAUCAGUUACGAUGUUCAGUUGCGUCUGUCCUGGACUCCAUGACGGAAAAGGAGAGUGUCAAGAGACAUGUACUGCAGACCAUUUCCAGGAUUUACGACCCAUUUGGCCUGUUAGGACCCUUCACUAUUUCGGGCAAGAUCAUGCUCCAGAAGAUUUGGGAGGCAGGAUUGCAAUGGAAUGAUCAGUUACCUUCAGACAUCGAUGCAGAGUGGAGAGAGUGGUGCAAAGGAGUCGCGGAACUGCAGCACAUAUCUGUUCCUAGGGAGAUAGCGAGCAACUCAUUCGUCGACAGGCUGCGCAACUUGCAUAUUUUCGCAGACGCCAGCCCAAGGGCAUAUGGUGCGGUAGUCUACCUCGAGCAUUUGUCCGACGACGGUUCUCGCGGCAUGGCAUUUCUACUUAGCAAAAGCAGAGUCUCACCUCUCAAGCGCCAGACACUUCCGAGGCUUGAACUCACAGCAGCUCUUCUUGCUGCCAGAUUAUAUCGCUUUGUAUCCACUGCUUUGCAGACAGAGUUCGAUUAUGUAUGUUGGACAGAUUCCUUAAUCACCUUGCAUUGGAUCAAGGGAUCGGCAUCCAGAUGGAAGACCUACGUGGCAAACCGGGUGCGCCAGAUACAUGAGCUGACUUCUCCUGAAAGAUGGCGUCAUUGUCCUGGUGAAGAGAAUCCGGCAGACUUUCUCACGAGAGGGAUUAAGGGGCACGAGCUGCGUGACUGUGAAGUUUGGUGGAAAGGCCCACGAUGGCUGAGUCAGCCAGAUUUAUGGCCGCACACAGCAUUUCCAGAUCAUACUGAAGGAGACGAGGAAUGCUUGGACGCGCAGGUCGCAUUGGUCAGCUGCACGACACAUUUACUUUCACCCGAACGUUUCAGUAGUGCCAAUCGACUUCUUAGAGUCACCGCAUGGAUACUGCGCUACGUACACAACUCGAAGCGGUCAAACGUCAAGAAAACAGGUCCUCUCUCUACUGAAGAAAUGGCGUCAUCAGAGCUGUACUGGAUCAAGGCUACUCAGACAAAGCUACUUACAGAAAGGUCCUCUCAUCUCGAGAACUUCCGCCAUUACCAGGAUAACGAUGGACUACUGCGACUAGAGGGUCGUCUGCAGUGCUCUCAGCAGUCACAAGCAGCCAAGCAUCCCAUACUGUUGCCGCCAGCGUCAGAGGCUUGGUUCACGUUGCUUAUCAUACUCAGAGCGCACUUAAGGAUGUCCCACGCCGGUGUACAGGAAACUCUGCACCAGUUAAGAGAAGAAUUCUGGGUAAUCAAAGGUCGUCAGUCAGUGAAGUAUGCUCUUUAUCAAUGUCUUUUUUGUCGACGACUGAAGACACGCCCCUGCACAGAGCAGGAGGCACCCUUACCUGCCGAUAGGGUCACUCAGCAACUUGCGUUUGAAGUCGUUGGCGUAGAUUUUGCGGGGCCACUUUAUUACAGAACGGCCGAAGGGCAACGGAAAGCGUACGUGGCUCUUUUUACUUGCACAGUCACCAGGGCAAUUCAUCUUGAGCUCGUCUCCGACCAAUCCUUCGGGACCUUCGUUAUGGCCGUCAGACGCUUUGUAGCACGCCGAGGUUUGCCAAGGAAGGUCUAUUCAGAUAACUUCUUAACCUUUAAGAAAGCCGCUCGAGAGAUUCCUGCCUUACUGGCGAAUCAGUUCCAAGCGGUACGUGAGUAUGCCACACAAGAACGAAUAACAUGGGAGUUUAUUGCCGAACGUGCCGCCUGGUGGGGAGGCUUCUGGGAGCGUAUGGUCCGCUCAGUUAAAGAUGCUCUCAGAAGAACACUAGGUCGGAGUCAGCUAGACUUUCAACAGUUGCUGACCGUGUUAACAGAAGUCGAAGCGAUCGUCAACUCACGGCCAUUGACACAAAUGUCAGAAGAUCCUGGCGACACCCAAGCUUUGUCUCCGUCGCAUCUGAUAUUGGGGAAGCGACUCACGGCGUUGCCGCCAAUUAAGAGACGUCAGACAGCGUGCCGAACCGUUAGAGGUGCUGCAAGUAAAGGAACGGCUCCUCACUGCAUACUGGAGGCAGUGGAACAAGGACUACUUGCUACAGCUUAG